UGGAAAUACUAGUAUCACGACCCCUGCUGCCCGCACAGAGGAUGAGGAUGCGAUGAUAGUGAUUCGAGUGACCCGUCGUGACUACGGGAGCUCCCUGUCGGGAAGGAUCGAAGAGGAGACUGUGCACACGUCAAGCGCCAGGCUCCUCGCGGCGCUGGUGGUCGAUGAUAGUGCCACCAGCGGAACAAAAGCACGGAGCCUCCGCAACUGGUGCCAGCUCGCCGACGAGCAAAAGCGUGCUGCUGGAGCAGGACUCCCCGGAGGUCCCGUCA